AUUACGUCAAUGAACUCUAUUAAAACAUCUCUUCUUCAACCUAUAUAUUCUCCUGAAUAAUUAUUAUGUGUUAUUGUGUCAAAAGAUCAAUCAAUUUAUGCAAAAGAUAGAAAAUUGAUUCAAACAAUCGUGGAUAUUGGUGCAAUACACAGGUUAGUGCUUUAUUUGUGCGUUCGUGAUCAAGUGAGAAGGUAGUUCAGAAUCAUGACAGCCUCAGAAUUGCCCACAAUUGCUGAAUUUUUUCGUGAUCGUGAAAUUUUCAUCACUGGCGGCACGGGAUUUCUCGGUAAAGCGGUGGUGGAGAAGAUUUUGUACUCAUGUUCGCAUGUUAAGAAGAUUUAUUUGCUGUUGAGACCCAAGAGAAGUGUUUCAGUGGCCGAUCGAUUGAUACAAUUCAAGAACAAUCAGAUCUUCAAUCGCAUCAGGGAGAAAGAUGAGAGCCUCCUGGAUAAAUUGGAAGCUCUGAAGGGCGAUUCAAUGUGCCUCAAGUUGGGUCUCAGUGAUGAAGACAUCAAGAAGCUGGAGAAUGUCUCAGUGGUGAUAAACAGUGCGGCUAUGGUGCGAUUUGAUGAGCCUCUCGGUCAGGCGAUCUUCAUGAAUACGCGAAGUGCGCGGGAAUUGCUGGGCAUUGCUGAGAAUCUCAAGCAUCUGCUUGUUCUAGUGCACAUCUCCACGACGUACUGCAAUCCCAGCUAUUCAGUGAUUGAGGAGAAGAUCUAUCCGCCACUGGCCAACUGGCGAGAGGCGAUAAAGCUGGCUGAGAAUAUGGAUGAGGACACUCUGGAGGUUUUGGGGGCUAAAUACAUGGACUUCCAGCCAAACACUUACACUUUCACGAAGAGCUUAGCUGAGCAAAUCAUGAAUGAGUACAGAGAGAAGCUUCCCAUCAUCGUCUUUCGACCAUCGAUCAUCUCGCCGUCCGUGAAGGAGCCUUUCGAAGGAUGGGUGGACAAUUUCAAUGGCAUCACGGGAAUCCUGGCUGUGGGCGGAUCGGGAAUAGCGCGAGUGGUUUACUCCUCCACAGAGGUGAAGAGCAAUUUCCAACCGCUGGACGUCUGCGUGCGAUCUCUGCUCGUGGCAACGUGGAAAGGCGCCCUGGCGCCCAGCAAAGUGCUGAAAGUGUACAAUUGCGCCUCUAGCAGUGAGAUGGAAGUGAAAGGAUGUGAAAUAUUCGAUCAAAGCCGCGCAAUUGCGGCGAAAAUUCCCCUCGACGAAAUGGUGUGGAUUCCAAAUGCCAUCAUCACCACCAAUUACUACUUCUACAAGAUCUGCCUGCUGCUGAUGAACAUCUUCCCGGGUAUGAUUGUGGAUGUGGUGCUGAAGUUGCUGAAGAAGAAACCCAUCGCCCUGAACAUUCUGCGGAAGUUUCACUUCGCCUGCUCUUCGCUGUCGUACUUCAUGUUCAGAGAUUGGUGCUUCAUCAACGACAACUGCUUCAAUCUGAUGAAUGACAUCAAAUGCGAGGACAUGGAGAGCUUUGGCUUUGACUUCUUCGAAGGCAUGGACUCAUACGAGUACAUGUUCAAGUCCAGUUUGGGCGGAAGGAGAUUUCUCAUGAAGCAGCCGGAUGAGAAUAUUCCGCGUGCCAGAAGAAACUAUCGGAUUCUCUGGCUGCUCGAUCGAGGACUGAAGCUUGUCUUCUGGAGCAGCGUAAUUUACUACUUAGUCACGUGUUGUGAUCUCUCGAAUUUAAGAAGGAAAUUCAUACUUUGGCAGAGUUCUUAAUACAUUUAACGUCAGCAAAGGCAGCAUUGAAUGUUUUGUGGCGAAUGGCGGAAUAAUGUUUCUAUCUUACCCAAUAAACUCUAAUACAAAUUUUACAAUUGACGUCAAUCGAAGGUCGAAUUGACCAAUUUUCGCUACCCUGAAUGAGCCUCAUUUUAAAACACCAGAAUUCGCAAUAAGUUCGAGAAUAAACAGGUGAAAAUAUAUUCACUACUCCCCAAUUUUAACGUAUAAUUAUCGGGCAAUUCCCUUUGAUUCAUUUGUCAAGGUCUUGUGAGGAUAAUUUUGGCUAUUUGCCGAAAUGUAAUUUAGUCCGUCAUUAGUCG